GAGGUAGAGCAAGAUGGAACAAAGGUAGUUGGAAACAGAUGAAGACUGGGUAGCAGGGGUAGUGUUAUGGGGGAAGCCAGAUAAUGUGUUUGGAAGUAAACUCAAACAGAGUAACAGUGAUGAGGGGGAUUAUCUGGCGCUUUUUCCCUGGAUGUCCCGGUGGAUGGACAAAUGGUGGGAUUGCGGAGGCAGGGAAGAGGGGGAAGGGUGAGGAGGGGAGUGAAUGAGCGCAUCUGGAGGUCAAGAGAGAUGGGAUCCUCGCGAUGGGCAGAAGCAGCGCCAGAUUACCAUCAUCCACCGCUAAGAAUGACUACGUGGGCCAGUGUUCAGGAUGAGCCAUGCACUCCGGGAAGGCACAGGACAUCCACCCCUAUCACAUCUCUGACGGACGCCACUUGGACAUCUCCCCGCGACAUGGACCAUGAUGACGGAGCCAAUGGGAGCAUUUUGAAUGCAGAUGUUCAGGGCCGAUGGGUUUUAGGUCCAAGAAAAAAGGCGCGGUCAAUCCAACGGCGGUGCGGUAUCUGGCGCAACCCGGACGCGGACUUAGGGAUUAUUCCCUGGAACUGACCCAGCAGGGGUUUCCCGAUGGUUGCGCGGGCAGAAAUAGAUGAGGCCUCGGGGAUGGAUAAUUAAUGUAAAUAAACGGGGAAGGGGGGGGAAAGAGAGGGGGGGUGUAAUCCUC